AGGCAGAACUGUUACACUUUCCUCUCUGCCAGGUCACAUCAGACACUGUUCACUUGUUCCUUCCUGACGCACACUUAUGGAGCGAUAGGAUCCUUUGCUGGAUUUUCCUGGGUGAUCUUGUUUGGUUUUACUAAAGAAGUGUCCCCCAGCUGGGACCUGAUCAGAUGAAACUAUUAGUGCAGUUAGCACAGGAGCCUGUAUGUCACUGCACCCGGCCAGGGGGCAGGAUUGUUUCUGGAAGUUUUUGCUUAGACUCAGCACUGUGACAUGUCCAGUCGCAGAAGAGCAGGGACCUGGCAGGAAGAAGUAGCCAAAGGCUUCUCCAGACUCUUCUCUAAGUCACCUUCCCAAGAGAAAGAGGAGGAUAAUGAAAAGCCACCUACUAACAAGGAUGCAGAGGAUGACCAGGACAAAGCUGAUAAAAGUUUCUCUAGACUCUUCUUCAGGGUUCAAUCUCAGGAGAGGAAAGAGAGCAGUGAAACGUUAGAGGAGCAGGAAAUACUGGGUCAGAUAUCACCCAGGUCCUUAUCCAGAGCUCUGUCCCAAGACAGUAAAGAAGACAGCAGUGAUGUAUCCAACAAGGGCACUAAAGAACAAGGAAGAGCUAAGGUCUUUUCCAGGCUUUUUUCCAGAGCAUCAUCUCAGGAGAAGGAGGAUGAGAAUGACAAGUCUAAAACAAGAAUUGUUACUGCAGAACUCUCAAGCCAGGAAGAUAAAAAUAGAGGCCUGACACCUGAUAACAACGAAAAUCUUCCAAAAGAGCCUGUACAGAAUUUGCAGGAGUCUUAUCCUGGAGCCUUGAUACAGAAUGUCUCAACAAACAUAGAGGAAGAGAAGGAUUCAGGUGAAAAAAAGGAAGAGGAAAAGAUUGCAAAUAUGACCAUAGAUGACAAACAACUGGAGCAAGAUAAACAACCAAGGGAAAAAUUUUUACAUUUCUUUGAAAAUAUAUUUAAUUUUACAUCAAAAUCCACAGGAGUAAAUUUAAAGCAAAAUAUUGCUUCUCAAGAACUUCCUAAGGAAAAUGGGGACAUUUUAGAGAAGGAUAAUACUGAUGAAAGAGAGUUUAAACAAGAACAGACAUUAGAUGCUGAUAUUGCUAAUGAAACAGAAGAAACUAUAACAAGCAAACAUGGCGUUAAUGAUGUGGCAGUGCCUGUUAAAGAUAUGGCAGUUCCAGUUAUUGAUAUGGCAAGGACCAUUAAAGAUACUACAUUGCCUGUUAUUGACACAAUAGUGCUUGUUAAUGAUACAGCAGUGCCCAUUAAGGAUAUGAUGGUGCCCGUCAAGGAUAUGAUGGUUCCCGUCAAGGAUACGGCAGUGCCCAUUAAAGAUCAGAUGGAACCCAUUAAUAAUAUGGAAGUGCAUGUUGAUGAUAGGACAGUGGCUAUGAAUUAUAUGGAAGUGCCUAAUAAAGAUACAACAACAUUAAUUAAUAAUGCAGCAGUGCCCAUUAAAGAUACAUCAGUGCCUAUUGAGAAUACAGCAGUGCAAGUUAUUGAUACGGCAGUGCCCGUUAUUGAUAAGACAGAACCUGUUAAUGAUAUGGAAGUGCUUGAUAAAAAUACCGCAGUGCCUGUUAAGGAUAAAACAAGGUCUACAAAAGUUACUAGGCCUGAGUGUGAACAGAAAACAGCUGACUCUCAAAAGCAACAUAUCUCUAAGCAAGCUUCUCCAUCCAUGUCAUAUGGUACCUACAGAGGGUCCAAGAGGAUAAGGAAGCUUCGGAAGGGACGUCUUGAUGUAAAUUCUCCUAUCCCUGAGAGAGAAGAAACUACAGAGCGAGAGUUUGAAUUGUUGAAUGACAAUCCAGAAAAUCCUGCUCCAAAGCACCAGCUCUCACAUUCAGAAAUUUGUCCACAAGCUGAAAGCCCUCCGCUCAAAGAAAUUAAAAUGCAAUUGAGUACAGAGGAUUUUGACAAUGCAGAUGAGUUGUCUAAAUCAUUUCCAAAUGUCCAUGUUGAAUUAAACAGUGAUAUACCCUUUUUAGAUAGCAAUGCACCACUAAGUAGUUCUGCUGCUGAAGUGUAUUCAAAUGAUAAAUCAGUUAACCCACAAAAUCUGGAGAAACAAAAUAUUACUUCUAUAGAAGAAACAGCUAAUUCUCAAUCAAAUGCUAUCACUUUGCUCAGAGUUACUGAAAAUGAUUCUGAAAAUAAUCCUACAAAAGAUUGUGUUACCAAAAAUAAUGAAAUAGAGACUUCUUCAAGAGAUGACAAACCAACAUGUAUUGUGAAUUUGGAGAAUUUUGCUCAUGUUCCUAGUCAACCAGCAUUAGAUACAAGUAGCAAUGUAUGUUCUUUAGAGGUCGGUUUUACAAAUGUGCAAAACAAUGAAAUAAUGGCAUCAUGUUCAGCGUUGCCUGAAAAAUCAAAUAGUUCCAUCCAAAAAACUAAUGAUACAAGAAGCAAGAGUCCUAAACAUCAUUGUGAUAUUGCUGCUAAAAUGUUACUUGUUCGUGACUCAGAAAGUGUAAACACAUUGCAGAGUUUAGACAAUGGUAACAUGUCCAAUGAAACUUCAGUAGACAAUUUCACUACUGCCAACAAUGAUAAUGGAGACUAUUGUGCUGAGGAAAAUAGUAGAGAUCCUAUGGAAAAAAAUGCAAAAGAAAUAAAGGAUCAUGGUACCAAAAAUGAAGUAGAGCCCUCUACACAUGAUGACAAAGCAACAUUCAUCCUAAGUUCCCCUCAAGUUUCCAGCCAACCAAAAGUAGACAGAAGUAAUAAGGAAUGUUCUUCAGAGGUCAGUACUGAAGAUGUGCAAAAUGAAAUAAUGACAUCACCCUCUGUGUUACCUGAGCAACUAAAUAGCUCUACCCACAAAACUGAAUAUAUAAACAGCCAUACGUGUACACAUCUUUUUAAUAUCUCUGGAGAAACUGGAUCUGUUUAUGGUUUAUCAGAAAAUAUCAACACAUUGCACAAUUUAGAGAAUAACAACAUGGCCAAAGAAAUUACAAUAGGAAAUUGCCCUGCUGCCAAAAAUACCAAUAUGUAUAAUUAUGUUGAGGACAAUAGUAGAGAUCUUAUCAAAACAAAUGCAGAGACAAUAAAGGGCUAUGGUACCAAAAAUGAUGAAGUAGAGCCAACUUUAAAUAAUGACAAAUCAAUAUUCAUUCUGAAUUUUCCUCAGGUGCCUAGUCAACCAGUAUUGGACACAAGCAAUACUGCAUGUCCUCUAGAAGUCAGUUCUGAAAAUAUGCAGAACAAGGAAGUAACAAUAUCACCCUCAGUAUUACCCGAGCAACCAAAUGGUUCCAUCCACCAAACUAAUGAUAUAAUCAGUCCUAUACUUAAGCAUACUUCUGCAAAAAAAAUUCUUGAUUCAUCAGAAAGUUUCAACUCAAUGCAGAAUUUGGAUAAUGGUAAUGUACCCAAUGAUACUUUAAUAGAAAAUUGCACUGCUCCCAACAAUAAUGAUGAAGGUCAAUAUCCUCUGGAGGAUUGGGGCAAUCGUAAGAAACUAAAUGAAGAUAAAAUAAAGGCUGUUAAUUUAAGUUACCCUGUCACUCAUUUGAAUGCUAGUAACAUGCCAAAUGCUAGUUUGCUUGCUGAGAAAUGCCAACGUGAUUUAAUGACUGAUGAGAAAUCUGUGUCUGAUAGUCAUUUAAGUAUUAUUUGCUGUUUUACUGCUUCACCUCAGAUAGAUAGAGAAGAUGUAUGUGAUAAACGUCAGUCUCCUAAUGUAACUGUUAUUCCGUCCUCUCUCCCUACAUGUACUGAUGUAAAGCGUGUCAGUCCUUUUCCACCCUUUGGUGAGACAGACUCAGGGGUUGUUUCAGCACUUGCCUCCACAUCUGAAGAAAAUAUUCCAGUUACAAUAUCUCAAUCUGAUAGUCACAUCAAGAUUGUGUCACCUGAAACAGAGAAUCACCAAAAGCCUAAAAUGACUGAUUUUGUUGAGCCAGAUGACUUAAUGGAUGAAACCAAUACUAUAGCAAAAUCAUCUAAUAAUACAAAUGAAAUGGGAAUUUUCCCAGAACUGCAAGAAGCUAAAGUAUGUAGCAACAAUGAAUCCACACCAUCUAUUGACCUGCAAUUUAUAAAUGACCAUGUGAAUGUUGUAUUUAAUCCAAGGAGUAAUGUAAAUGUUAAUACGUCUUUACUUGAACCUCAGGAAUUACAAAGGCCUACAUCAUUUCACACAGAAGAAGUUUAUCUUGCAAAGGUAUCACUAAAAUCUGUUGAUAUUGAGGAGGUAAAAAUGGCAAAAUAUACUUUACAGUCAGAUAUUAUAUCUGUAUGUACACUUGAAUCUCCAAAAUUUGAACCAGAGUAUGUUUGUUUACCAAAUUUGUCGCCCGCAGCUGUAGCAACAAUAGAAGAUCAGAACUGUGCCAAAGUUGAGCAGCAAGCCUCUAACGCUAAAAACAUUAUAAAUGAUAAAGUCGAUACAGAAAAGGAUCUAAUUAAUGUUAACCAAGAUAUCUCUAGUGAACAAGUAAAUGAUAAGUGUACACUACAUACUUUCAUCAGUAAUAAUAGUGAAGAUUUGCAGAUUGCUAUGCCAAAAACAAAUAUCACUAGUGAGGCUGAAAGUAAGAAUGUAGACUUAAUUUUUACAUCUAAUAAGACUAUAAAUGUUAGUGGUCAUACAACCCUAGAACCUAAUGAUUCCAUUGUACACAGUGAGUCACCAGUACCAGUAGAGAGAUUCCAAGAUGUGUUUAAAGAAAACACAGAAAACAAUAAUUUACUUCCUUGUACUAAGCUUCUUAAUGGCAACUCUUUGGAUAUGUCUGUGCAGAUUCUAAAACCUGAGAAUAAAAUAACAGGUGAAGCAUUACAAUCACAUUUUGCUCAUGUAGAAUGUAAAGUUAGUGAUGCCCUAAAAAGUAACCCAGAUUUGCUAAUGGAUUUAGCGAUUAUUCACAACAAAACCUGCCCAGUGCCUGUGAGAGAAACAGAUGUUAUUCUUCCAGUAAAAUCCCAUACUGAGUCAUUAGAUAUUUUACUAAGACAAAAAACUAAUGAAAUUAUUCACACUGCAUUAACGUUAGCUAUGAAUGAAGUAAACUCAAAACAAAAAAAUAUUACAGCUCUGACUUCUGAAAAUAAUCUUAGUUUAAUUAUACCGGACAUUACAGAGACUAAAUUAACAGAACACAAAUCCAAUGUAAAUAAAUUACCAGAAAACUCAGCUGUCUCAUCAGAGGAAAAUUGCAUUGAAUCUGCGCUGGCAGAUGUGCCUUGUGAAAAUGUGUUUCAUAAUUACCCUGAGAGGAAAGAUAUAUUUGUAACCACUGCUCAAGAUUUAAUAAAUGAAGUUAUAAUCUCUAGUAAACAGAAAAUAAUGUCUGAUUUGCAACAAAAUUCACUGAACAAAAAUCUCAUUACAGAUAACACAGAGUCUGAAAUGAUAGAAAAUCAAAAUAUGCCAUUUAAAGACUGUACCAGUGAAACUUCUAAUAGUAUAACACAUUUGUGUAAAAAUGAAUCUUUAUUAGAAAUGGACAACAGAUGUAUAGACAGUAAUACUUUAAGUAUAGAGGCUAUAGAACAAGGUGACAGUAGAAAUGCUUUUCAAAAUAUAAAGUGUAAGCAACCACCCAACCAAAUAAUUGGACAUGACAUUAUGGUUUCUGGUGAACAAAACAUAACUUCUGACUUGCUGCAAAAUACAGUGAACAAACAACUAAUUGCAGUUGACUCUGCUGAACUAGUAGAUUCUGAAGAUCUAAAUUCGACACAAACAGAUGGCUCAAGUGACAAUGACAAUGAUACAGUACAUUUAGACAAAAACAGAGGUCUAUCAAAGAGUGGCCAUGAAUAUGGAGGCAGCAAUAUAUUCACUACCACUGACACAGAGAAGCAGACUUCAGAUAAGCCUUGUGGCACAACUGAUGUUGUACAUUAUGAAACCAAAGACAUUUUCUUAUCUAAAGCUCAAGAAAUGGCGAAUGAUGUUAUAGUUCCUGAUUUGCUACAGAAUACAUUGAGCAAGAACAUUAGCAUAGAUGACACAAAUGAUUCUGGAAUAUCUAAUAAUCAAAGUAUGACACUUGCUCCUGACAGAGAGAAGGCCGUCAAAGGUAUAUCAGAUGUAGGUCAAUAUUUACUUUCCUCAGAUAUAUAUAGUGAAUGCAUAGAGAACAGAGAGUUUGAUACAAUAGAAUUAGAGCACGGUAUAGAGAAUGACAACUUAACAAACACCCUGUCUGAAGAGAAAAUUAAUAACCCUAUGGCUAAGGAAAACAUCACAUUUACUGAAACAGAAGAUAAUAUAGAAAGCAGAAACCAAUCAGACAUAUUGAAAACAUAUUGUUCAGAGAUUGGACAAACUGAAAAUAAUUGCUGGGAUUCAAAAGAAGAAAAUAAUCUGUAUCAUACAAUGGAUGACUUUUCUGAAUUGCUUAAUUUUUCUUUGUAUAACUGUCGCUAUAUUGAAGGAGUGUAUAAUGAAGAUGAACCAGCUGAUGAAGAAAACAAUACAAGUGACAAUAACUCUGACUCAUUCCUAUCUUUCCAAGCCAAGCGUGUAAAGAUCUACCCUUUUUCACUUUCUCCAAUAUAUGAGGAUAAUAGCUCUGGUGAGGAUGUUUUGUCCAAUAGUGUUUCACCAAAACAUUUUGAUAGUCCAGAUUCCAAAAACUGUUCAAAUGAUCAUGCAUCAAUCCUAUCACUUCUUCAAUCGGUGUCAGAUAAAUUAAAACAAACUGAUGAAAGACUGGAUACAGAAGAACCAUCAAGUGAGAAAGGACUUAUGUUAUCAGAUGGUAAACCAGAAGAAGAUAAUUACAAGAUUAAUACAACAGAAAUUUUAGAAAAGACAAGCUCUCUACCUAACACACAUCCUGUGGUUCCCAGGAAUGAGUCAUUUUUGCAUGAGAAAGAGAAGACCACAACAGAAUCUUCUCCAACACAGAUAUCCACACAAUACAAUAUGUUUAUAACUAAAUCUGCUCCAGACAUUAGGCAUCUUUCAGGUACAGGACGUCAAUCUUUCCUUCUGCAGAUAAAACAAACAUCUAGCAAAUUUGGCCAAAAAUCUAGCGAGGAAACCACAUCACCUUCAGCUUCUGAAAAUGAAAAGUCUUUAUUACCAGUAGAUUCCAGUGCUUCAGAAAUGCACUCAAAUAAUGCCACUUCAGAAACAGUUUCUACAAAUAGUCCUUCAUUAAAGGUCACAACCGAACCAAAUCGCUCCAUACAGAAUUCUGACACGGAAAACAAACGGUUGGCUUCAAGAAGUGUGUACUAUCAAUAUUUUAAUGCUGCUCAAGAUUAUUCUGACACACAACAAAAUAAAGGAAGUUCUUUCCUGGACAGAUUAUGCAAUUCUCAAGCAAUUAGUUCUCAUAAGGGACAAACCCCUGUAAUGAGUCCUGUUGACUCAAGCUCGUUAAAGUUCAACCCAAGACCUGGAAAGGUGAUCUUCUCUGAUAUAAUUGACAGUGAGAACAAGAUAGAAUUUAAUAACGACGUUCUUGAUGCAACAUCUUGGAAAUUUCCAAAUGGUGUAAAUAUUCGAGUUAUUAGAGGAUGCUGGAUUUUGUAUGAAAAACCAAGUUUCCAAGGACAGACGCGUGUGCUUGAAGAAGGGGAAGCGGCACUGAACUGCCUCUGGGAUCCUUCUGCUGACGAAAUAAGUAUCGGCUCUCUGAAGAGAAUAGCCAAGGAUGGACGAAUUCCAGAGGUUUUAAUAUGCAAACGAUAUGGCUCUCGCAUGCCUUUCCAAACUGAGAUCCCAUCAUUGGAAAGCCUGACUAGUGGGUGUAUCUCUUCCUUAACGGUGAAAUCAGGAGUAUGGCUGGCAUACGCAAAAAAACAAUUCAGUGGUGACGUGAUUGUCCUGGAAGAACACUGUGAAGUUGAGGAAUGUGAUUUCAGAUCUCUACGACCUUUGAAAAUGGGAGGAUUAAAAGUGCAGAAGCCUAGUGAUCCGAAGAUAAUUCUGUACCAGAAACCACAUUUUAAAGGAUGGUCAAAAGAGCUCACUGAACAUGCGUACAGCCUGAAAUCGUUGCUUUGUGAUGGUGAAGAUCAAGAUAUUGGAUCAAUACGAGUUAUUGGUGGCAUAUGGGUGGGUUAUGAAAAGGAAAGAUACAAAGGCCAUCAGUACCUGCUGGAGGAAGGGGAGUAUGAAGACUGUCAUGCGUGGGGAGGCUUUUCCAGCGCUCUGCAGUCAGUACGAUAUCUUCAGGCUGACUUUUUGGAAGCGUCUGUCACACUUUUCGAAUCAGAAGCAGUAAAUGGAAAACUGAUAGAUGUAUUUAAUCAAGGAAUUCCUGAUCUGGAACAAGCUGGAUAUAGCAAAGAAACACAAUCUAUUCAUGUCAAAAAAGGAAUGUGGGUCGCUUAUCAACAGAAACACUUCUGUGGGGAACAGUAUAUUCUGGAAAAGGGAAAAUAUAAAAGCUUUUUGGACUGGGGAGGAAACAAUAAUACUAUUCUGUCCAUCAGACCUGUCAUACUGGAACCGUAUGGGAAACAUGAGCCAAAACACAUGAUUGAUGCAUAUAGUGAUGUCAAUUUCCAAGGGAACUGUCAGAGUUUCACAAAUGAGGUUUCAGAGUUCCAGUCAUUCUUGCCCCAAUCUUUUAAAGUUUUAAGAGGGUGCUGGCUCCUGUGCUACAAAGGAGAGUCUUCCGAGAAUCUGUGUGUGUUAGAAGAGGGAAUCUAUCCAGACAUGGUCUCGUGUGGCUGUCCUGCAGCUGUGAUCAAGUAUAUCAAGCCAAUAGAUUAUGUCUUUGCUGAACCAUCCAUCAGUUUGUUUGCGUUGGACUCAUGUGAGGGAAGAGAGUUGAAUUUUGAAGAAGCUGUAAAUUCUGUCCUCAGCAAGGAUCUUCACUUUUAUACCCAGUCUGUGUGGAUACGAAGUGGACUAUGGAUUGCAUAUGAAGGAGCCAAUUUCCUAGGAAAGCAAAUAUUACUUGAGCCACAACAAAUUUCAAACUGGGCAGAAUUCAGCGGCUGGAAAGCAAUUGAUUCACUUCGCCCUUUGAAACAGCCUGCAGUUUAUUUUAGGAUAAAAAAUCGACUCAAAGACAAAUAUUUGACUGUAGCUGGGACACUGACGGAUACAAGGGCAACUUUUGUUAGUAUCUCUCCAAGCAAUGGACAGAGUACUCAGAUCUGGUAUUUUUGUCGUGGACUCUUAAAAUCAAAGGCCAAUGAUUCCUGUUUGGAUGUAAUAGGGGGUAAAAACCUACCUGGGUCAAAAGUGUCAUUAUGGACAGAGCAUGGAAAAACGAGGCAGAAGUGGAGGAUUAAUAAAGAUGGCACAAUUACAUCAUACAUAAGUGAUAAUCUUGUUCUUGAUCUCAAAGGAGGAAACUACUAUGAUCAAAACCAUGUAGUAGUGAAUCAGUUUCAGGAAAGUGAACUCACACAGAAAUGGGACAUUGAGAUACUGUGAUCUGGCUAUACAAGUGAAGGAUCUAAGAACUUGCUCUGCAUGUAAUGGAACUACUUCCUAUAAUGUUAUGGAAAAAAACUACUGAAGUCCUAUUCCACUGGAAUCCUGCACAAAAAAAACCCUGCUUGGCAGGGUGCUAAAGGAAAAGGCUUUAAAUCUUGCUUACAAGUGCAAUUUUCUGCCUUUGAUAUGGGCAAAGUCAUGUUUGUUGGUUUUACUUGUCAAUGAGUGCCAGGAAAAUGUCAAGUGUAGUUUUUGUAAUAUUAUGAUAAUCCCUGGGACUCAUCCAGUUCAAUGGAGUUUCAGCAUAUCGAACUGUAAAGGUCGUGUUUUGAAAAGCGAGAUGGGAAUUGCAUCUUGCUUGUUAAUUCUUGGCUGCACUGCUUCCUUUUUUAA